AUUGUAUAAUCCACUACUAGUUGGUCCUUUAGCGCCAGACUUGAAGACCAGGGUCAGCCUCAACUUCCUAUCGAUGUUAAACGGCUACUAGUAAUUUUUGCUCAGAGAAAAUGGCUCCGUAAAAGCAAGAUUCGCGAGUAUUGCUGGAUGAUUUACUUUAUUUCUCUGAAAAUCACGUUCAUGGCUGUUUCGCUGCGUCUUUUUCUUUUUGAGAUUCAGCCCAGGACCCUGUCGCUGGUGUCGCACUAACAAGAAAACCAGCAUCGUAUCAUAGGUGAGCGCGAAGUCCCCUCGUGCUCUUUCGACAGCAGUACGGAUACUUGGCGCCUCAUACCAUGAUCCAUCGCAUCGGAGACAAUGCCCUCAUCAACAAGAAGAUCACGGCGCGCUCCGCCUUCAACUCUCGAUGAUGGCGCCUCGAUUCGGUCGCGGCGCGCUCCGUCUGCAGCGGUCGACGAUGGCGCAUCGAUUCGGUCGCGGGCAUCGCGGGCCUACCAUGGUCCCAGCUCGCAGCGGCUGCCCUCGCCCGAGUCGCGCUAUUCGCUGCAUUCGCAGUUCGCCACGACCAGACGGGAGUUUGAAUUCGGCUUUGAUGACGCCUCGACGCUGGCCUCGGAGCCCGUCCGCGCCGAAGGAGGAGGCGACGGCCUGGAGGACACAGCCGUCGUCGCAGCCGAGGUUCCUGCCUUCUUUGACAACACGCUCGCCUACCGGGACUACUACGAGCUGCUGUGCGUGCCAAGGGACCCGUCUCUGUCUCCUGAUCGGGUCCGCGCUGCGGCGCACCGUCUCAUUCAGGUCCUGGCAGUCGAAAGCCAGCCCUCACGGCUGCAGGGCUCGGCGGCUUUCUACCUCGGCCUAACGCAAGCAGCAUAUGAGACGUUGGCCGAGCCUUCCAGGAGAUUAGGCUAUGACCUGUCCGGGAACGGCCAGGUAGACAUGGGGUGCGAUCAUGAAAUCACGGUCGGCGACGAGGAGUUGGAGGUGGAGGAGGAGGAACUUCUAGAGUCACGGAGCAGUGGAAGCUAUGUUAACAGACUGCAAGAGCAGUAUCUCCUCCUGACGCAGCGCGAAGCCAGACCAACUACGGACCUUGCCCUACGAAUGGACGCUGCGUCUAUAUUCUCUCCUCAACGAAACCCCCAACAGCAGGGCUCGGGUUUGGAACUUACGGACCUCGCCCUCCGAAAAUCAACCACGGUCAUCGUGCCGGUCCUACGAGGGUCGAUAGAGUCGACUGUAUCGUCUUUCCGGGACUUCUUCGCCGAUCCGGAGUGGCCUCGGGCCAAAAGCUCUCUCCACCUCGGAGACCCGACAUUGACUAUCACUGGCUCGAUGCAUGGACUGUUGGAUGGGCCGUUCAAGCUGGCGCCACCACUGCUCGACCGCUAUCAGCCGCCGGGCCCUUGUAUCCAUGGGCCGAGGCGCAUGGAGCAGUUGCUCUCGUCCCGUUUCCUUCCCGUGCUGAACGUGAACCUUCGCCAGGAACUCUUCCGGCAGGCAAAGCCACAUGCGAGGGUCGUUCCGGAUCUUGCCGUCGAGCAGGAACUGGAACUCCUUCCGCAACCCUCCACGACUACCCGGGUGGGCUACUCCAUCUACCUGCCCCGUAGCGACGAGCCUGUCAACGUCGAAGUUUCGGCGCAGAAGUUUCUCGCACACAGGAGUGACCUGCCUUCUCGCCUCGGAAUUGCCCUUCACAGACGAGUUGGUCCCGGCACCGUCUUUGCCGUUGCCGAUGCCGGCGACUCGAGCCCGUGGACUCCCAGAGAAUGGCGGCAGCUGCUCAAGUUCUCCACGAUCCCGGGCGGAUCUGCGCGAGGGGCGGAUAUCUUCCGCCACCCACCAACAGUCGAGGUCGGCUAUGCCUUUGGCAGGCAUGACCUAGGCAUGCAAUCCGGGCAGGCCUUCACCAAGCCUUGCGAGAGGGGGUUGGCCGCGCUGGACUGCGACGUGGACGAGAACAAGCCCAGUUCCUGGACGGUGUCCACCGGCCUCACACCAAGCAACGCAGCAGCCUACCUCCGCUACGGCCGCGAUUUCUUCUCGUCCCUUACCUCUCGGCGCUCCACCCGCCGCAACAAAACCGGUCUGCGCGCCGAAGUCGAACUGGCCGGGACCACGCAGCACAGCUUCUUCGUCGCCUUCCGCGCGCUCAAGCGCAUCGGUCGCUUCUCCAAAGCCGGGCUCGAAGUCAGCCUCUCGCCAAGCAACCUGCACCUCUCCCUCUACUGGUCCCGCCUGGGCCAGCGCGUCAGCCUGCCCAUCCUGGCAUCCUCCCAACACAGGGGCUCUUCUUCCAGUUCCGGACUCGCCACUAAGCUCCUCUUCUGGACGACUGUCUUCCCCUUUGCCGCUCUCGCGGCCUGGGACCUCUAUCGCCAGCGGAAGUGGAAGUCCUCCGACAAAUCCCAUACAUCCAAAAAGACGGUGCCUGGGGAGAAAGUCCAGGGCAAAGAGAAGGCCCAGGAAUUCCAAAUCGCUCGCUCCCGCACCGAGGCCGAUUCCCUGACCGUGAUCCUAGCAACGGGCAUCGAUCCCUACCAAAAAGCGCAGCGCCAGCACGGCGGGCUGGCCAUUCUCAGCGCCAAGUAUGGCGUGCCGGACGCCCCGCCCGAGGAGGUGGCCGACGUGACCAUUGCUGUUGCCGCGCUUGUGGAGUAUUAUGAUGAUGGCACGGGGAAGGGGAAAAGGGGAAGGUUGGUCAUCCCGGCGGGAUUGAGGAAGAGCAGAUUGCUGGGCUUCUGGGAUCCGGCGCCUGGGAAGACCAAGGUUUUGAGGGUGAGAUAUUCGUGGGAGGGGAAAGAGAGGGAUGUGGAGGUCCGUGGCGGGGAGGAGUUGCGGUUGCCUUGAAGGAAGGGAAUAUUGUGUUAUGACGGUAUGAUUUCCUGCUUGGGUAUGAUGCAUGAUGAUGAGGGAUGAUGAUGGUUUUUGAUAUACUUAUAUAUGAUACCGCUUGGAAAUAUCAUACUUUAUCCGGAGCUCUCUGAAUCUCGUUGUGAACGGCGAGACAGGUCCGACCUCCUAUUGAUGAUUGCCGAGUCAAUCGAGUACCCUGCAGGUACUAAACC